AUGGCCAUCUCGGACCUCUGUUACCGUUUCUUCUGCUGCGGCGGCCGCUCCAGGGACAGCAUAUAUGAUCCAGUGCUGGCAGACAGCGAAAGGGAAGCUGUUGCCGACCUGCUGGGCUUCCUCGAGAAUCGAGCCGAAACCGACUUCUUCUCCGGCGAACCCCUCCGCGCACUCAGUACUCUUGUAUACUCGGACAACAUCGAUUUACAGCGAUCGGCAAGCUUGACCUUUGCCGAGAUAACAGAGCGAGAUGUCAGAGAGGUCGACCGAGACACGCUGGAGCCUAUCCUGUUCCUGCUCCAGAACCCCGACAUCGAAGUGCAGCGUGCAGCGAGUGCCGCCCUGGGCAACUUGGCGGUAAACACCGAGAACAAGGUGGCCAUUGUCGCACUAGGUGGUCUUGCGCCACUGAUCAAGCAGAUGAACUCGCCCAAUGUCGAGGUACAGUGUAACGCCGUCGGGUGCAUCACCAACUUGGCUACGCACGAGGACAACAAAGCGAAGAUCGCACGCUCCGGCGCACUGCAGCCUCUUACACGGCUAGCCAAGUCAAAGGACAUGCGCGUGCAGAGAAACGCGACGGGCGCGCUGCUGAACAUGACACACUCAGACGACAACCGACAACAGCUCGUAAAUGCCGGCGCUAUUCCUGUCCUUGUUCAGCUGCUGUCCUCGUCCGAUGUCGAUGUUCAGUACUACUGCACCACCGCCCUCAGCAACAUUGCUGUCGAUGCAAGCAACCGCGCCAAGCUGGCACAGACUGAAGGUAGGCUGGUUGGCUCCUUGGUACACCUCAUGGAGUCGUCCUCGCCCAAGGUGCAGUGCCAGGCCGCACUUGCUCUUCGUAACCUUGCAUCAGACGAACGCUACCAGCUCGAAAUCGUACGCGCUCGUGGUCUGCCCUCCCUCCUCCGCCUCCUGCAAUCGUCGUACCUACCGCUUAUCCUUUCCGCCGUCGCAUGCAUACGAAACAUCUCCAUCCACCCCGCCAACGAGUCGCCUAUCAUCGAAGCCGGCUUCCUUAAGCCGUUGGUCGAUCUGCUCGGCUCCACCGAUAACGAUGAAAUCCAAUGCCACGCCAUCUCCACCCUGCGCAACCUUGCGGCCAGCUCGGACAAGAACAAGCAAUUGGUUCUAGAGGCGGGUGCUGUGCAGAAAUGCAAGUCGCUUGUGCUCAACGUGCGGCUCCCAGUGCAGUCUGAGAUGACGGCAGCAAUCGCCGUUCUUGCCCUGAGUGAGGAACUCAAGCCUCAUCUGCUCAACCUGGGAGUCUUCGAUGUGCUCAUCCCACUUACCGAGUCGGAAAGCAUCGAGGUUCAAGGUAACAGCGCGGCCGCUCUGGGAAACCUGUCAUCCAAGGUCGGUGAUUACUCAAUAUUCAUCCAAAAUUGGACAGAACCCGCAGGCGGAAUCCACGGCUAUCUCCGCCGCUUCUUGGCGAGCGGAGACCCAACCUUCCAGCACAUCGCUAUCUGGACAUUGCUGCAGCUACUCGAAUCGGAAGACCAACAGCUAAUGGAGCACAUUGGCAAUUCGAACGAGAUUAUCGACAUGGUCACCGACAUCGCCGAACGCACUAUUGAAUCGGAUGACGAAGACAACGAAGACGGUGAAGGCGAAGUCGUCACCCUUGCGCGUAGAUGUCUUGAGCUGCUCGGCAAGAGCCCCAAGACUCUCGUCGAGGGAUAG